AUGUCGACCUCGGCUGCUACCGGAGGAGAUGAUACUCUGAGAGUUGAACCAGUACUCCCCCUGGAGCCUGAUCUCACCGGGUCAGACUCACUGCCUGAUCCCUUGGAGGGGCCUCGCGUUUCGGCUGGAUUUACAGUUGCAUCCGGAGGAGAACUGCCUACGACCAGCUAUCUGGAGGCUCCCACUCGAUUUCUGUCUGCUCCGUUGGACGCCUCACAAGGAGUUACCGUGAGGCGUCGCAGAAAUGCUGAAAUGCUCAGGGAUUCCCUGCCGUGGGGAACGUCCAGCGCCACGUGGGCGACAGCUCCCUUGGCUGGGAACUUAUCGGGGUCCGACCGUGCAGCGGACCGCGCUGAUGCCUCUGAUACUGCAGCCUGGAGGAUACUGCAGGCUUCCGAGGAAGCUUGGGGCCUGGAAAGAGAGGAGUUUCGUCGCACCAUGCAACAGAUGCAACUCACGGUGGGACAUUUGCAAGCCGCUGUACUGCAAUUGCACCCUCCUGCCCCCGUGCCUGGUCCUGCGCCUGUGCCAGGUCUGGUACCGGCCGACGGAGCUGGUGUCCUCCCGGUGCAACCUGCCCCGCCUCCACCUGGGCUGCCGGUUCAACCACAACCACCUGUUCCGCCACCUGCUCAGCCACCUCAGCCGGCCCCUCAGCAACCUGUACCGCCUCGUGCUCCGCUCCUGGCUCCGGUGCCCGGGUUGAUGGGAGUUCCUCCAGUCGGGCCAUUGGGGGGUGCGUUGGCACGGCCGCCGUUCAUGGCCAGAGUUCAGUUUUCCUAUCGGUUUAAUGGAACCCAAGAUCUGUUGCCUGCUUUCCUGGUUCAGGUUAACACUCACAUGUUACAAUAUGGGAGGCAGUACCUGAAUGACUUUGAACGUGUGUGUGAGGUUGGCUCGAAUCUGGAUGGGCCCGCUGUGAAGUGGUACGUGGGCCUCUUCCAGCGCCAGGCCCCGGAGCUGUACAACUUCCAGGAAUUCAUGAUGGCUCUCCGUCGCCGUUUUGAGAGCCCCUUUGUUGGAGAGCAGGCUAAACAGGAACUCAUGGACAUGCGUCAGGGCAAAACUCCAUUUGUGGAAUUUGUUGAGACCUUCCGUACCGUGGCUAGCCGGAUUCCUGAUUGGGACGACCCCGUCAAAGUGUUUGCCUUCAAAAAGGCCUUGCACCCUGACUUGCUAAACUGGUGCCUCAUCCGAGACAACCCUCAGACCCUGAUGGAAUGGAUUAUUCUGGCUGGCACUGCAGAUGCUAGGAUGCAUGAAGCAGCCACCCUGGGAGUGUCGUUGGGAAAAACUCCAACGCUGCCUUCACGGAAAGGGGUUUCCAGCCUGAAGCCGGCAGGCUCCAAGCAGUCCCGUCGCCAGCUCACUCCGGAGGAAAAUGCUCGCCGUCGCCGUUUAAACCUCUGUCUCUAUUGUGGGGAGGGGGGCCAUUUUGCCUCUGCCUGUCCUGCCAAGAAGGGGGCCCCCUCCGCCUCCUCUACUCCCGCAGCUAAGUCGUCUAAGUCUGGUAAACCUGCGACUAAGGGAGGGGCCCGUGCCGCUACGGGUCUCCCUGCGGAUAUGGAGCAGCCGAUUCCAUGGGAGCCCCCGCAAGUUGAACGGCCUGCUGAAGAAGACAAGUUCCCUGGAUGUCUGGCAUCCAGAGAUGAAAGUGCCUCCUCCGAUUCUGAUUGAUGGCUCCAAGCAUUAUGAACUGUCUGAUAUUCUUGAUUCUCG